AUGACGGGUUGUAAACCCCCCGAUGUCGGCGAAGCCUCUCCAGAGCACACCAGUCUCGAAGGGGAAACUCCGGUCGGAACGCCGCCAAGUCCCUCGGAAUGCGACGAACAAGAUCGAUUUGGCGAAGGGCCCGAUGGCUGGUCUUACAAUCAAUGGCUACAUGAAUAUGAAACCAAGAAGAUCGCCAGGAACAUCAAGAGAAAGCAUUUGGCUUUGACCUGGAAGAAUCUAUCGGUAAUUGGCGUGGACAGUCACGCGGUUCUUAGCGACGAUGUCCUCUCGAGUAUCAACCCGGUGGCCAUCUUGAGGAAGGCCCGGGGCCCAAAGGCGGAGACAACUAUCAUCCAUAAUGUGAGCGGCCAGGUUAGACCUGGGGAAAUGAUGCUUGUCCUUGGUCGCCCAGGAUCAGGAUGUACAUCUUUCUUGAAAGCCGUUGCAAAUAAACGCGGCUCCUUUAAGAAAGUCGAGGGCGACGUCUUCUACGGCACUCUGGAUGGAAAGGAAGCAGAGAAGUACCGCGGUACCAUUUUGUACAACAGCGAAGAGGAUAUACAUUUCCCCAAUUUGACCGUUGAGCAAACGGUUGGAUUCGCAGUCAGGAAUCGUGUUCCUAGAUAUGUGACAGGAAAGGGGGCUUCCAAAGAACAUGUGGGUGAAAUGUUAGAUGUUCUUCCAGACGCAUUGAAAAUUGGCCAUACUAGAAAAACCCUGGUGGGCAAUGAAUUCGUUCGUGGUGUCUCCGGAGGAGAACGCAAAAGAGUUUCAAUCGCAGAGGUCAUGGCAGCAAAUGGGUCGAUUACCUGCUGGGAUAAUGCCACUCGAGGCCUAGACGCAAGUUCCGCGCUUGAGUUUAUCCAGGCUCUUCGUGUAACAGCUGAUAGAGCAAGAUGCACUGCUCUUGUCACUCUUUAUCAAGCCGGUAAUGGCAUCUUUGAUUUGUUUGAUAAAGUCCUCGUCUUAGACGGUGGGAGACAAAUCUAUUAUGGCCCUGCCAAUCGUGCAAAAGGCUAUUUCGAAGACCUCGGUUUUAUCUGCCCUCCAGGGGCCAAUGUGGCUGACUUCUUGACUUCCGUCACCGUCCCACUUGAACGGCAAAUUAAACCUGGUUACGAAUUGCUUGUUCCAAAAACGACAGAAGCACUCGAGUCUUCCUACAGAGAAAGUGCCAUCGCCAAGGAGAUGAACCAAGAUAUAGAACCCGUCUCCAAUUUUGCUAAGGCUACCAGCAUCAUGGUAGCAGCAAUUAAGGAGGAACAACCAAAACGCAAAACACCGUUCCAGAGUUCUUAUACUGUUCCGCUUGCACACCAAAUUCAAGCCUGCGCUAUUAGAGAGUUCCAAAUCCUCCGUGGGGAUACUCCGUCCCUACUUCUGCAGCAAACAUCUGCUAUCAUUCAGGCUCUAUUGUCAGGAAGUUUAUUUUACAACUUGCCUACUACUAGCGCGGGAGCGUUCGUCCGUGGCGGCGCUAUCUUCUAUCCUCUUGUGUUUUAUAACCUGGCUGCAAUGAGCGAAGUCGUCGGAACCUACUUUGGCCGACCAAUUCUUAACCGACAUCGCGACUUCUCCUUGUAUCGACCCACAGCCUAUGUCAUCGCUCGCCUGAUCUGCGAUAUACCGUUCAUGAUCGCUCAAGUAUCAAUUUUCUGCCUGAUCUUCUACUUCAUGGCGGGGUUCCAAAUGCACGCUGGGAAGUUCUUCACAUUUUGGAUUUUGACAGUUGUCUCGGCGCUGACCUUUGUCGCUAUGUAUCGGAUGAUCGGGUCCCUCUUCGCGAGCUUCGAUAACGCAUCAAAAGUCUCUGGUUUCUGGUCAAUGGCUUGUAUGGUGUACGCAGGAUUCAUUAUUCCGUUCAAUGCUAUGCCUCCUUGGUUCAAAUGGAUUUUCUGGUUGAAUCCUAUUGGUUAUGCGCUCGAGGCACUGCAAGCAAAUGAAUUCGGUGGUUUGAGGCUUGCAUGCGUUGGACAGCAACUCAUCCCCAAUGGACCAGGAUAUGAUCGAUCUGGGCAUCAGACAUGCACCAUUGCUGGGGCUACCCCGGAUGGGAAAACGAUUAUCGGAGAAGAUUAUAUGAGGCAAGCAUAUGGAUUCAACCCUGGGGCCUUGUGGCAAGAUUUCGCAAUCGUCAUCGUUUGGGGGGUUGUUUAUACAAUCAUUACAGCAAUUGCCCAGGAGCGGAUGAACAUCACUAACAGCAGCAAAUCGUCAUUGGUAUUCAAGCGCGGAGGUGGAAAUGCCCAUUCCAUUCAACAGACCAAAGAUGAAGAGAAAGGAGAGGUUGGAAAUUCGUCAAGCUCGACUGCAAACACAGAAGAUGGAGACCUCAACCUCGCUAAAAAUGAAUCCGUAUUCACUUGGGACCAUCUAUCUUAUACCGUUUCUGUUCCUGGGGGCCAUCGAAAGCUAUUGGACGGCAUCACUGGUUGGGUUAAGCCUGGAACUCUCGGUGCUCUAAUGGGUAGCUCAGGUGCCGGUAAAACGACCCUCCUUGAUGUUCUUGCACAACGCAAGGAUGUCGGUGUUAUCCAAGGCGAAGUUCUUGUUGAUGGUCGGCCGCUACCUACCAGCUUUCAACGCUCCGCCGGUUACUGCGAGCAAAUGGACGUCCACGAAGGCACUGCUACCGUAAAAGAGGCAUUAGUAUUUUCUGCACGCCUGAGACAGCCUGCAGACACCCCAGACGAUGAAAAACUACAUUAUGUGGAUAGUGUCAUUGAGCUACUUGAACUGGGAGACUUUCAAGAUGCACUGAUCGGUACUCAAGGUACUGGUCUCAGCGUCGAACAACGAAAACGCGUCACUAUCGGUGUCGAGUUAGCUGCAAAGCCCACGAUUCUCCUCUUUCUCGACGAACCUACCUCUGGCCUCGACGGACAAUCUGCUUUUAACGUCGUCCGUUUCCUUCGUAAACUCACAGCGGCUGGCCAAGCUGUCUUGUGUACUAUUCAUCAACCGUCUGCCCUCUUGUUUGACGCUUUCGAUCAGCUACUCCUUCUCGCCAAGGGAGGACAAACUGUGUAUUUCGGUGAAACUGGCAAAAGCUCCUCUAUACUUCUCGACUACUUCGCUAAAAAUGGGGCUCCGUGCGAUCCGAAUGCCAAUCCUGCCGAGCACAUUAUUGAUGUUGUCUCCGGUGCAAGUGGUGGUGGGCGUAACUGGCACGACAUCUGGCUUGCAUCUCCUGAGUGCGCGGGUGUUAACGAACAUAUGAAAUGGCUGAAACAGGACCUACUGUCGAAAGAAUCUAAGCUAAAGCUUGAUGAUGCUGCUGAUUUUGCUACAUCCCACUGGGCACAGCUGAAGAUUGUCACUCACCGUCAGUGCGUUGCGUUGUGGAGAAAUCCGGAUUAUAUCCACAAUAAGAUUAUCCUCCAUAUCAUCUCGGCGCUAUUCUCUGGCUUUUCCUUCUGGAUGUUAGGCGACAGUUCCAGUGACCUCCAACUUCGUCUUCUAGCUGUUUUCAACAUUCUUUUCGUCGCCGUCGGUGUUAUCGCCCAGCUUCAGCCACUUUUCUUGCAUUACCGAGAUAUCUUUGAGACUCGUGAAAAGAAGUCCAAGAUGUACAGUUGGUAUGCGUUUGUUACUGCUCAACUAGUAGCCGAGAUACCGUAUCUUAUUAUUUGUGGAACGCUAUAUUUCUGUUGCUGGUACUUCACUGUCGGUUUGCCAGUCAAGGCCAGCACAUCUGGACAAGUCUUUUUGCAUAUGAUCCUAUUUGAGUUCCUUUACACUGCAACCGGUCAAGGCAUUGCCGCGAUCUCCCCAAAUAGCUUCUUCGCAGCUCUCAUGAAUCCUACCAUUCUCGGCGCCUUUUUCAUCAAUUUCUGUGGUGUUCUCGUGCCAUACAGUCAACUCACCGUCUUCUGGCGAUAUUGGUUCUACUAUCUCAAUCCAUACAACUACCUCAUCGGUGGCUUCCUCACUCAGAUAUUAUUCGACGUCAAGGUACAGUGCGACGAGAAGGACUUGGUUUAUUUCAAGCCACCCGAUGGGCAGACCUGUGGACAGUACAUGGCAGAUUUCUUUAAAGAAGGGUUUGGUUACGUUGCCAACAACUCAUCGACUACGGAGUGUGGGUAUUGCCCUUACGCAAAUGGCGGCGAAUAUGCAAAGACACUUAAUCUGAACGAGCGGUAUUACGGAUGGAGAGAUACCGGAAUCAUGGCUUUGUUCUGUAUCUCGACUUAUGGAUUCGUCUUCUUAAUGAUGAAAUUCAGGAGCAAGAAGACCAAGAGUGCGAAGAUGGAGUAA